AAUGGAUUCCAAAGACAGUCUAUUUUCAAAGUCCUCUUCAAUUUUAGAGGACACGUCAUGGAUGUAUAGAGUUGACAUGCAACCAGAAUCUAGGGAGACCUACUGCACAUGCGCUCAGAAUGGACCAGUAGAUACUUACCAGUUUUCCUUACCAAAUGCAGUUCAUUGUAAUAUGACGUCACCAAGUCAAUUAUGCGAGGGAGGUAACUCUGUUAAUACGUUGAAUUUAUGUUCAAAUUCAGAUGAUCGCAAAAGAAGGUCAACAGACGAUACAGAUAAUGUGGAUAUAGAAAGUGAAUUAAUAUACGAUACAGAUUACAACGAAUCUGCUGUUAUAGAGGUUGCACAGUGGAUGAAUGGCUGGGAUGAAACAUCGGCGACAGAAUUUUGUUCGAAACAAUUUGACCUUGACUCCGCUGUAGAUGUUUGUAACAGACUGGUCAACAUCAGCAAAAUACUCUUUCUUGAUGAAUGUGUUGCAGAUAUAAAGAUUUCUGGAAAUACGACUUUUAUACAAGACACUUUAAAAACACUGAAAGGUUCUUGUCUGACAGAAGCAACGAGAAACGAAGUUUUUUACGUUAACCAAUCGUCUGAUGCAAGUGGACUGACUCUAUUUGAUUACAUUUCAUCAUUUUUAUGUCCCGGCAAUUGUUCCGGAAAUGGACUGUGCGUGAAUGCCACAUGCUCGUGUUUCGAUGGUUUUCUUGGUACCGAUUGUUCCGGAAAACUCUCUGUCCCCCCAAAAGAUUUUCUACUACCGUUAAAUGGAUUAUGUGAUAUCAGUUCCAGGGAGUGUCUCAAAACAAACAUCAUGGGAUUUUUUGACGUGGAAAAUGUUACAGCAAAGUUUGAAUACUUCAAGGUAAAGAGUAAUGAAAUCCAGAAAACUAAUUACGUCAUAAUAGAAAACACAACUUACUAUCACUACAAUAAGAUCUCCGCAGAAAUACCCAAACCUCCGGGUUCACUACGGCGAAGGAGAGCAGCAACUGCAAAGUCAAUGGUGCAUGGAUGGAAUAUCUCACUCAGCUAUGACGGGAAAACGUACAGCAGUCACGUGACCAUGCUAAUAUUUAAUGGACAGGUUUACAAAUGCGACGUUCAAACACUUGCUUGCAAUUCUUUAAAUCAAAUAUCUACAGAUUCCUCGACUGAUACUGAGACUCACAUACAUAUCCUAAUAGUUGGCAUAAUAGUGGGAUUCCUUGUGGUUGUCAUAGUAACAACUAUUGUUGUCUUGAAAAAAUUUAAAGGGAAUUCGGUUGUUUCUACUAUCAACAUAUCGAGGGAUCGUAAAGUUCCUGUUCGGCAAGAAAAAUUCAUGCCAUCAGUAAAGAUUCUAAAUGACAGACAUGGUACAGUAAACGUUACAUUGUUUAAGGAGAAGACAGAAAUCUGUGGUUCUGUUGAUGUCUUCUUCACCCCCAGUCCUCCUCCUGAAUACAGCAUACCACCACUUGGCCAUCGCUUCACCCCCAGUUUUUCUCCCGAAGUCAGCAUACCGCCACUUGGCCAUCGCAUGGAGUCCAAUGAAUUUAACUCUUUGAGCAUCGAGUCCUAUGAUUAAUAAUAUUCACUUACUGUUCUAUGCAUGAAACAUUAAUGUGAAUAUUAUUGAAAUGUAAUUUUGUGCUUCCACCUAUAGUCUGUUUUUUUCCUAGAUUUUUUGUUUGUUUGUCUGUCUGUUUUUAAUUAAAUAUAGUACUAAAUGCAUUCUUUAUGUUGAUUAGAUUUUGUCGGAGCCGGUUCAUUUUAUUAACUUAUUAACGAUGGAUUGGAUUGGUCUUCUGACUGAUUUCGUCACAAAAAAAUUAUUGAUAUUCCACUUUCAUUUGUCAAAAUUACUGCAUUUGGUACACGUUAACAUGUAUUUCUAGCUUCGAUUUGGCUUAAUAAACUUGCAUUUCACUGUAUUGUUAUUUAUUAAAAUGCUUAAUAAUUUAAAUAAAUGAUUGUUAUAUGACUGUA